AUGGCUAAAGUGGUAAAUGAUUUGCAACGCAUCAGUUCAGAGAUUCUGAUGAACUACAAAUCAUUUUCCAAGAGUGGGUUUGUCUAUUCUUUCCGAGAAACCCCUCUAGAAUCGCCAAAAAAUUUAAAUUCUUUAUUUGAUAGCGCCAAGAAGAAAAACGAAGAGGCUCUCAAAGGGAACUUAAACAAGAAAGAUAAAUAUGGUCAUGGUCCUGCAUCAAAUUAUCAAAAUCAACAGAAUAAUACUUAUCAACCAAAUAAUCCUCCGCCACCACCUCCUCCGCCCGUAUAUGCUCCCAAAACAACACCACGCAGCUCCACCAAAAACAAUCUGCCUCCAAAACCAACAACUAAUGAUUCAGAAUUUUCUCUCUCAGAUCUUGAAGACAUUCCUGAGCCACAAACGCAAUCUACGACUCAUUACAAGCCACCCCAAUCAUUGCUUCGUACUUCAUCCCCAGCGCGUCCAUCUCCCCAGAUUAAUAAUGAAUCAACUAAAUUUCUUUCGGAUUCAGAGGACGAUAUCGCUUACAUUCCACCAGAAACCGACCAACCAAGUGAUAACGUACAUUUAGAAUCUCUUCUUUUAGAUCUAAACCGUCAAUUAGAAAAUUUGAACAAUCAGAUCUGUAAUUUGUUGAGAUCCAACCCACAAGAUCCAUCCAUUGCACAACUUAGAAACCAAAGACGAGGAAUCUACGACCAAAUCGAAGAAUACGAACUGAGAAUUCAAUCUCAAUUUCCAUCAACGGUCAACAACACUCCAACAACGACCAAAACCACUACAAUAACAACACCAAUCACAACUAUACCAUAUUCAUCACCAAUUGACGAUGAUGACUCAUAUAAAAAUAAUUAUAUAUCUGAUGAUGAUCAGAUCCAAGAGAUUCCGCAACCAAUAUAUGUACCUGAUUCACCACAAAUCAAAAAGGUCACAAUACCUGAAGAAGAAGUAACAUAUAUUGAAGAUUCACCAAUAGAUUUGCCAAAAACUGACGAAUCAGAUGAUUACAUUUACAUUUCCGAUGGUGAUGAUGACGAUGGAAUGUUCAUGGACUCAUCAAACAACGAAGAACAGAUCAGUCCAGCUGUAGAAAGUAAAAUGAACAUAGUAAACCAAAAAGUUUUCCAUCACAUGCAUUUCAGAGGAAAACAGAGAGACGCUAUCGGUGCUGCUUUGAAUGGAAAAGACGUUUUCGUGCUGAUGCCAACAGGAGGAGGAAAAUCUUUGUGUUACCAGUUACCUGGAUAUAUGCAAGGGGGGAUCACCUUGGUUGUCUCCCCCUUAAUUUCUUUGAUACAAGACCAAGUCCGCAGUCUCGUAGAAUUGAAUAUAGAAGCGAUGAGUUUCGGUGCAGACACUUCCAAAGAAAAAUAUUCCGAAAUGUGGAGAAAGAUUUCUAAUAACUCUCUCAGAUUCCUUUUCUUGACUCCUGAAAAAAUUAUGGCAGGGUCUACACUUGACGGUUUUCUGACACAACUUUACAACGAAAACCGUUUGACAAGAUUUGUUAUUGACGAGGCACAUUGUGUCAGUCAGUGGGGUCAUGAUUUUCGACCAGACUACACUCAAUUGUCAAAUUUACGUGUCAGAUUUCCAAAUGUCAGAAUUAUGGCAUUGACAGCUACAGCUACUGAUGCUGUACAGAAAGACAUUGUAGAGAAUUUAGGCAUCAAAGGCUGUUCGUUGUUUAAAUCGUCAUUUAACAGGCCAAACAUUUUUUACGAAGUCAUGAAGAAAGAAACAGGAUUUAGGGAAGCUGCUUUGAAAUGGAUUGAAGAAAAGAAUUAUAGGAAUUCAACAGGAAUAGUCUUCUGUAUGUCUACCGCUGAAACUGAACAAAUCGCAAAAUUCUUCCAAGAUAACGGUUUGUCGGCAAAAUUUUACCAUGCAAAAAUGGAUAAAAACGAUAGAAAAAUGACACAAAUUGAAUGGACAAAAGGUCGUGUCAAAGUUAUCGUUGCGACAUUAGCCUUUGGCAUGGGAAUUGACAAACCAGAUGUCAGGUAUGUCAUUCACAUGACAAUGCCUAAAUCAUUGGAAGAAUACUACCAAGAAAGCGGAAGAGCGGGCAGAGAUGGAAAACAAAGUCAUGCAUUGUUGAUGUUUUCUAUGGGCGACAAAAGUAAAGUUCAUAGAAUGAUAACAAUGGCUGACCAAAAUACAGGAGAAACGAAGUCGAGAGAGAGAAUUGAAGUUGAAGAUCAGUUGUUAAAUCACAUGACUGAAUAUGGUAUAGAAAAAAUGACAUGUAGAAGAGUUUUGUUGUUGAGAUAUUUCGGUGAAAACUUUGAUCCGAAAAAUUGUAAUACUACUUGUGAUAAUUGUCAGCGCAGAAUGAAGAAUCAUGAGAAAAUAGAUAUAGAUAUGACUGAUCAUUUAAAGAACAUUGCUAUGAUUGUUGAUGGAAUUUAUAGAAAAAGAAAAAGAGCUCCUUUCGCAACAGGAAAUCAUAUUACUGAUGUUUAUACUGGUUCUAAAAGUAGUAAAAUUAUGAAAUGCAGAGAUAAUGAUUUGCCGCAAUAUAAUUUAGGUUCUGAUUUGAAAGGAAAGACGAAAUCAAGAAUUUAUCAGUGUUUGCAGGAAUUAGUUUCCAGAAGAAUCAUUAGAUUGACUUCGAAAUCAUCCAAAUACGGUGUGAUCGAGUACUACGUUCCUGAUAAUAUUUCAUUGAUAAAUUUAAGAGAUUUCAAACCUUUUGUUAUUUACGAAUACAAAGAAACAAAUGAUGAAGGUUUGUCAAAUGAAGAAAUUUUGCUUUAUAAUAAAUUAAAAGAAGCAAGAGAUCAGAAAUUGGCAAUCGAAGGAAUUGAUGUCGAACAGUUUAUGCCGAAUUCUUGUUUGAGAUCUAUCGCAAAGAAUCAUCCAACAAAUCAGGAUGACCUCAAAAAACUCAAGGUAAUGACAAAAACAAGAAUGGAUAAACUCGGUGAUGAAUUUUUGAGAGUGUUGACAAAUGGAAAAGUGACACAUCAAACACAUUCACCACCUAAACUUCCACUUUCUAGACCUCCUCCUCCAUCUCCUCCAUCUACUUCUCCUCCUCAACACCUGCAACAACAGAAUAAGUCAAAUAACCAAGUGAAAGGUCCAGGAUGGUACAAUCAAAAUAACAAUAAUCAAAAUAAUGUUGAUAUCAACACUUUGAAUGCAGCUGCACUUUCGGGUAUGAUACAAAGUAAUCCUGAAGCUUUUGCUAAUGUUAUUAGCACUUUAGUGAGUAUUGCAAAUAAUUUGAAAAAAUGA